AUGGCCGGGCGCGGGGCCGCAGCGGGCUCGUUGGCGUUGUGCGGGCUGCAGCUGGGGCUGGGCGGGCGCUGCCCCCCGGCCGAUCGCUGGGUGCUGGGCUGGCUCUGCUACGACGUGCUGGUGCAUUGCACGCUGGAGGCCCCCUUUGUGUACCUGUCUUUAAUAGGAACAGUGGCAGAGUCAGACAACAUAUUUGCCUCUCUGUGGAAAGAAUAUGGAAGAGCAGAUGCAAGGUGGCUUUAUUCUGAUCCAACCAUUGUGUCUCUGGAAAUACUAACUGUUGUUUUGGAUGGCUUUCUAGCUCUGAUCCUCAUUUAUGCUGUUAUCAAAGAUAAGUACUACAGGCAUUUCAUACAGAUUACAUUGUGUGUUUGUGAAUUAUAUGGUGGUUGGAUGACGUUCUGCCCAGAUUGGCUCAUUGGAAGUCCUAACCUAAACACCAGUAACUGGCUUUAUCUGUGGGUCUACCUGGUAUUUUUUAAUGGCAUAUGGGUAGUGAUACCUGGACUUUUAUUGUGGCAGUCUUGGUUAGGACUUAAGCAAAUGCAUCCUGAAAAAUCAAAUACUAGAAAGAAGAUUAGAUGAAGAUAAGCCCACUUCAUUAACCCCAUUAAUUGAGAGAUUUUAAAUUGUGAGUGGAAGCAGCAUUAUUGUUUUUGCAGAGACGCAAUCAACUGUUUGUAGAUCACAUGUAAAUUUUGUUGUAGGACAUUGUAUUUCAGGCUGAUCCUUUCUUAAGAGGAGGAAAAUAAUUUACAUAAUCAAUGAAGUAUAUAAAAGUACUCAAACCAUUUGCCAUAUUAUUACACUGCAUACAAUAAUAAACAAUAUAUUUUAUAACAAA